AUGACUUUAAUAUUUACAGCGUCUUCUGCCGAUGUAAUCGCGAGCCACCGUAACGAAAAACCAACGUCACCAGAAUUACCAGCUGUUAUUCCAUCCAGCCGUUCCGAUCUACCGAGUAAGCGCGAAGCACCCCUGGAUCCUACCAGUACUGGGUCUACUGGUACUAAGGUACCCCUGGAUUCGACCAGUAAUGAAAAUGGAACGCCACCGCGUCCAGUACUCAACCGAUCUAUGCACCUACGUGUGGAGCUGCUGUUACCUGACUUAACCAGGAGCUUUGAAGUUGAAUACCACGCCGAGUCGGGCACAGCGCGCACUACAGUAGAGAACUCGUCCACCAUCUACCGGGGUCCCGCCGGGCAGGGCCAAAUUCAAUUCCUUAAGAUUGAAAUAGACUUGACAAGCGGAGCCCCGGUGCGCCGUUGCACGAAGUCCCCCGCGCUCCCCGCAAGCCCUGCGGAUUACUCCAUACCUGGUCUUCCUAACAUGGAGCCCUUCAAGUUUGUCGGUUACGAGACAGAAGAAGGGCGGCAGGUUGAGCGCUGGCAGAACGUGUUGAUCGGCAAGCCGGGCGACUACGGCGCGGCGAGGGAGGAGGCCCUCAACUACACACACGACUUCUUUGUGUACAGGGAGGGAGGGGACGCGGUGCCGCUCAGAUACAAAGUGACGACCGACAGCUCAGUCCUAGGCGCCGCCAGCGACACCUACACGCACCGCUACACACUACUGCCGGCCCCCACCGCCCCCCUCACACCCGACGUGGCCAUCUGUGAUGAUGUGCAAGAGUACCACGAUGGCCGACGCCGGCGCAGUGCCACUCUUAGUAGGGAGGAGUUCAUUUGGCUGGUCAACGCUAAGAAGGAGCAAGUUGGUGAAAAAAGGAACAAUGAUUUAAACCCGGAAUCGGAAGAAAUCGUUUGGUCGUAUUAA